AUGUACUUGUGCCUCGAGGCUCUGGUCUUGCGCUCGCCCAUUGACCCGGGGCCCGUUGACGGCUUCUACCGUGCCGUGCGUGCCGCCGAGCCGCAGUUCCUCACAACUCCGCGCCGCAGAGAGGCCUGGUACCUGUCCACGCUGGCUGUUCACCCCGUCUACCAGGGCCAGCGGCUGGGCAGGGCGCUCGUCCAGGAAGGUCUCGAGCUGGUGGAUAAGGCUGGCAGUGCCUCGUACUUGGUUGGGCUGAGGAGCGUGGAGGCGUUUUACCCCAGGUACGGGUUCAAGGAGGUGUGUAGGGUGAACGUGGGGGAGUUGAAGGCCUGGGAUGGCGGGAGCGUCAUGUUUAGAGAGUAG